CAGAUUGGAACUGUCUCAUACACUCAAGAUGAUGCAAACAGAAUUUUGUUCAUCCCCAUCUCUAGGACAGCUGGAUGCAGAAAUUCAGAGAAUAUAUGAUGAUUUUAAUGUGCCUUUUUCUGAGUGUGUAACAUUUGAUACAGAAUUGCUGGAAAUUGUAGAUGCUGUUGAACAAAUGGAUUUUGCAAAAAUCAACAAUGCCGCUGUUAAUGAAAUAUUUCCUGACCGUACUAAUUUGACAAGUCCCUGUGUAAGCAGAUUGGAGAUGCAGACACCAAAGAGACCUUGUAAAACAGAUUUAAAACGACAUCUGAAUUUUAACAGAAUUGAUGGACCUAUUGGUUGUGGUGAUGAUAAAAUGCAACAGGCACCAAAAAGUGAUGUAACAUUGAAACCUAAAACAACAGUCGUUACGGCAAUAGUUCACAAUCAACCAGUAAAUAAGGUUCCCAAUGAAUGUGUAAAACAAGCACUAAAAGCUUCUACUACUGUCUCAUCAUGCUCCAGAAGUAAACAAACACACCCCAUUUCAUCUGUGGCUUCUAGAAAAUCUAUAGCUGUAGAAGACAUCAUAACCACCAUUGAUGAUGAUGAAAAGUAUCCAACAGCAGUACCCACACAUUGCAGAGCCAAGGGUUUUUCUAACAAUCCCAAAAAAUCUUUGAAUUCUCUACAAUUACCAGGUUUGGGACAGAAAACACAACACACAAACACAACUAAGAAAUCAUGUGUUAAAAGAAAACCUAGUGGUGAGAAUAAUGCUCAAAAUACAAUAAAAAAGAACUCUAGUGAGACUUCCGGUGGGCGGGACACAGAGUAAGACGCAGGGGAGAAGAGCUCUGUCUGCAGCAAAGCUUAAAAAGUCUUAAAAACAUUAAAUUGGGCAAUUCUCCGCUGGAAAAUACCUGUGCCCAGUGAAUUAUCCUUGGCAGAGUUUACUGCCCGGACUGGGGGGGGAUAUUUAAAGAAACCCCCAUGUUAUUCAAGAGAGCCGCGCAUCGCUCCCCCACGGAGGUAACACAUUGAAAGUAAAGCCGACUGCAGGGACGAGGACCCGAUCCACCCACUGACCCACUAUCUAGAAGACCAGAACUUUGUUACUACUGGUGGCUGGGAAAGGCUUCGGAGGUGAACCUGAUGGCCUGCGACUAGGGGCCGAAGUGGAGCGUCACGCCUACUAACACCCACGCCGCCGAGACCAGCACAUUCAUUCAUCGCUCAGCCGUGUGCAGUCUUGGCUUCACCCGGUAGGAUCCGGGUAACAGUGACAGGCCUCAGAGCUGGGAAUAGGUGGCGGUGAUCUGCAGAAUCCACGGCCCAUCGCAGAAAAGAACUGGCGCGAAAAACGGCGCCAUCUUAGAAGCGGCCGUGAAGUAACACUGCAACCAUACCAGAGGAACUGACAGAACCCCCAUCGGUUGCUCGCCAGAGUCAGUGGGUGGUAAAGUAUUGCCUCCCUUCUUUCAUCAGACCUCACAUAAAGCACCCGUACCUCUUUGUUUGAAAAAUUUGAGAGGUGAGGAGCACACAGACACUAUCCUGCUCAGAGUUAGCAACACACGCACAACAGGAGCAUCACAGAGCAAGGAGCAAGCUCCAACACCACACGACCGGGUCACUGUCAGUUUGGACUGGGGACUGCUUUGAGCACUGUGCCACUAAGAUCCUGGUAUCUGACCCCACACCCUCAUUACUCCGCAGUGAAAGACCCCAAACCUUAGAGUCCCUAACGUUACUGCUGUAUUGGGGGGGUUUCACACAGGCCAGCCAACACACUACGGCACAGCCCAGAGUCAAUGUGCAACUAUUAACCUACAGAGAAGCUGCUUUGGGAACACACAGUCUGUUAUUCUAGAUCUGACUGUGCACUUACUGAGGAAUAUUCCAGGACUUUUGGUUUCUUAGCACAUUG